AUUCUUUUUUAACUAAACCAAAAAAAAAAAGAAGAAGACUUUAUUUCUAAGGUUCAAAGCCACAAUGGCCCUCGUAGGAAGAUUUGAGGUCAAGUUUGCUUUCUUCUUCUUGGGUCUGGCUUUGUUUUCUUGUGGGGGCCAGGGUGCUAUAGUUUUUGAUGUUACAAAGUAUGGUGCUAAGGCAGAUGGACAGACUGAGUGUGCCCAGGCUUUUGUGCAAACAUGGAUAGCAGCAUGCAAAUCAAUGGGGCCAUCACAUGUUCUAAUUCCACGAGGGACAUAUAUGUCAGGUGAAGCAAUCUUCUGGGGACCAUGCAAUCACUCAAAACCUAUUACUCUUGAAGUUCAAGGUACCAUAUUGGCUAACCCUGAUACCAGUGAGUACCCCAAUUCUCAUUGGCUCCGCUUUGAAAACCUUGAUGGUUUAGUACUUAAAGGUGGUGCAACUUUUAAGGGCCCCCCUACGUCUUCCCGACAUUUCAUGGAAUUUGACAAAGUAAACAACUCCAUUGUCCAAGGAGUUAAUAUGGUGAGUCGUAAUGGAUUCGAAUUAAAAAUUAGUGGCAGCCACAACCUCACACUCCAAAACCUCCACAUAACUGCACCUAAAAAUAGUCCAAGCACCGAUGGGAUCCAUAUAAGCAAAUCCAAUCUCGUCACCAUAUCCAAAUGUACCAUUGCCACAGGCGGCAAAAAGUGUGUCUAUGAGGAUGAAGGCGCUACCCAUAUUACCGCCUCAACUGUUAAUUGUAUCGCUCCGCACGCAUGAGGUAAAGGAUGUUGUCAACGACUGUUUUAGGAGUAUUUGUUAGAAAAAUUAAUAUAAUUAUACAUUCUUUAUGAAAAUGUAUAUCAUAAAGAAUAUAUAAUUAUUUAAAAAUUUAUUGACCAAUACUCAUAAUACAAUCGGUAACAAAUUUGGAACCCUAAAAGUUUAAUUUUGAGAAAGCGCCAUUUAUGUCUCCAAAAGUUGGCAGAGGUAGCGAUGUGAGAAUGCUUUGUACAUGUUGAGAAUAUAAUAUAACAUAAUAUAAUAAUAAAGUUGUCUCUUUCUCUCUAA